UUUUUAAAAAUCCCGCAAAAUCAACCUCGCCAUCUAUAUAUUUAAUUUUUAACCAUAGCAAUAGUUGGAAGCACUGCUACUUAGGUAAAUUUUAACGGACAAAUCAGCUGACCACGCUUUCAAAGUUGUUGAUCCCACAAAUCACAAAUAAUAAAAACACGUGUUUAAAUUUUUUCAUUUAUUUAUAAUAAUUUAAGUGUACAUGUAAUAAAAAUUUAUAUUAUUUUCUAUUAUCACGAUACUACUGAUUAAAUAAUUGCCAUGGGAUAACAACAUAAAUUUAUUGAUGUCAAUAAACUACUUGUUUCCUGCUGAUAUAUUUAUUUUUUAUCAAACAAUACUCUGAUGAUUUAUGACUGAAAAAUCAUAUUUAAUAAUUAGAAAAAUUAUUAUAUAUAUUCUACUACUUAAUAAAUAUAUAAUACGAUUUAUUAAAUAUAUAAUUAUAAAGUAAAUAUAUUUAUAAUGGAGACAUGCAAUAACAUACGAGGGAUUACCACAAAUAGACGAUAUCCAUUAUCGGUUAAAAAUAAAAUAUAUAAUAAUAAUAAUGACAAAGAAAAUAUGAGUGAUAGUAAAUUUAAAAGAUUAUUUGGUAACAAAUCAUUUAAUAUAUCAUCAGACAGUGAAAAUUCCCAGGACUUUGUAUUGCAAGUAACAAACAGUAUUAUGGUUAAUGAUACAAUUGACGAAAAUGACAUAAAUUAUAAUAUAAAUAAGACGAGAGAAGAUAAACCUUCUGAAGUUAUUGUAAUAAGUGAUUCAAGUGACGACGAAUUAUUUUCAUCCAAUAGAAACAAUAAAAAUAAUAAAACAUCUGGAUUAAAAAAUAAUCGAGACGUUAAAAUAACGCCUUCAUUAACUAUCAGUAGUAUAAAUUCAUCUGAAAUGUGGACUGAAGAUGAGGGACGAAAAAAUUCAUCAAAACAUAUAUUCACAUCAACGCAAAUAAAUCACAGAGAGAGAAGUAGUGCGUCGGUAAUUUCAAAUGACAGUGACCAUAACACACAAAAUCCAGGUAAUUAUUUAUCGGAAAAAGAUUUGAGAACACCAACUAAAAAUAAAUUUAUACGUUCGGAAAGUCAUAGUAAAUUAUCUGACCGAAAGUAUGCAAGUGGAGACAGGCAAGAGUGUGAGCAAAUACAAAAGGCACGUGAAUUCGUUGACACUAAGGGAUUAAGUGCUGAUAGGAUUAUUAAUAAACUUACUAACGAAGGCCGCAUAACUCCGAAUUCGGGGAAAUUUAUCGAACGGACAACGCCUUUGACCAAAAAAGAGACACGUAAAAUAUUAAAAGUAGUUAAAUCUCAGCGUAUUGUGUAUGACUCGCCGGGCCAGUGGCAAAAAAAUAAAGAACGUAAAUAUGACUCGCCGGGAUUGAUGAGAGACAGAGAUGUAGUUGAUAAAUCUGAACUGGAGACAAGUAGUUCGUCGGAUGGCAGCAAAAAAUUGGGACCAACGAAAUUUAAACAUCCGGCUUGGAUUGACGAAACAGAUUCAGAGACUUCAGAUUCUCAGGAAGCUAAAAAUAAUCAGCUGGAUAAUCAUAAUAAUUGUGAUAAUCAACUGGAAGAUUAUAAAGAGCCAGGUAGACAAAUAAAAUUUACUGACACACGUGUUAUAGGGUAUUUAAACCCGAUAGAACGUCAGUCAUUAUCGCCAUCAGAACGUAAAAAAGAAGAUAUUUCUCGCUGGCUUAUGACUAAUGCUUUUGAUCGGCAAAGUGACACGUCUUCACUCAGUAUCAUUCCUGCUUCUCAACCAUCUACUCCUAAUUCUGGUGACAGCAGUUUAGAAAGACUUGAAGAAAAUUAUCAGACUCCAAAUAAUCGUGAUAAAUUUCGUGAGAGAAUAAAUUCAACUUCAGUUGCAAAAUCAGAUGUAAAUAAUCCAAGUUCUGGAGGAGAAUUAAAGCUUGCAGAAUCUGUUGGUAAAAUAAAUUUAAAUACUCCAAGUACUGAAGGACGUUCAAAACUUUUAGAAAAAAUAAAACCAGCACAAAUUACUAUGGAUAAUUUUGUUAAAAAAACAAAAGCUAGAAAUCCUAAAAGUAAUUACACUCCAAUUUCUAUUACCAAGACUGUCAAAAAUUUAACACCAGGUUCUAUGAAUAAGACUGUGAAAAAUAUAACACCAAGUUCUGUAAAUAAGACUGUGAAAAACAUAACACCAAGUUCUGUAAAUAAGACUGUGAAAAACAUAACACCAAGUUCUGUAAAUAAGACUGUAAAAAAUUUAACACCAGGUUCUGGAUCCAACAACAAGACAAAAAAAAAUGAUACUUCAACUGGAACACCGCAAUUGAGAAUCGAAGAUUGUCAAGAUAUUUUAACUCGACUUUAUGGUAACUCUUGGCGUGAUAAAGCUGAUGAUCUAUUACCUAAAGCUGAUUCUACACCCAUAAACCCACGGUCUGAAAAAAAACUAGACAAAGCAAAAACGAAAAAUCACGAUAAUUCCAGGCGAAGAUCUGAUAAAAUAGUUAGAUCAAUUAAACCCAUUUCAAGAACAAUAAAGAAGGCGCCGCCAAAUGUCAAAAAGAUACGGGAUAGUUUUAUAAACGACUGGCCUAGUUCUGAAGAAGAUGGAGGAGAGACGUCUUAUAUGACAGCUCUGACAACUCCUGGACCGUCUAGUCAAACUGUUCGAGGACGCAAAGAAACUCCAAUGUCUACGUUGCAAAAAAAAAUCAUUGAAAUUUGUGAUUCAGAUACUGAUGAUGACAAAACCCCUGCAGUUAAAGACAACAAGAAAAGAUUGUCAUUUGGCGAUGACAAAAGUUCUGGUUCUUUUACCAGCGAGUAUGAUCCUGGUGAUGUUAUUCUUCCGAGAUCAGUUACAAAAUUAAAAAGCUUUCCGUCAUCAAAAUUGCCACCAGCGACUUUCAAACGUCCUGAGGUAACAAUGAGCUUUCUUAAAUCACUUUCUGCAGAUGUCCCAAUGGAUAAAGUUCAUCCAGAAGCUAAAAAGUAUCGUUUGAAUUAUAAAUUAACCAAAGAUGAUCUCUGUCAUCGACUGUACAAACUUUACAAUGAAAAAAUAUUUGAAAGUAAAUUACCGAGCGACAUGUCCAUCGAGUGGAACGUCAGGAUGCGUGGGACUGCUGGUUUUUGUUACAACAAAACUAAGAAAAAAACUUUGGGAGGAUUGGAAAGAUCUUCACGCAUUGUUUUAGCAACUAAAAUUCUUGAUACGCCAGACAGAGUCAGAGAUACUCUUGUUCAUGAAAUGUGUCAUGCUGCUGCUUGGUUGGUCAAUGGAGUUUCUGACGGACAUGGGCCGUAUUGGAAAUCUUGGGCUUCGAAAGCUAUGAAAGUAUUUCCAGAACUGCCGCCUAUUAAACGUUGCCAUGAUUAUAAAAUAACAACUAAAUUUACUUAUCGUUGUGUCAACUGUGGAUACAGCAUUGGACGUCAUUCAAAAUCAUUGGAUAUUGCGAGAAAGAGAUGUGGCCACUGUUAUGGACAAUUUGAAUUGCUGGUAAAUCGGACAACUAGAUCAGGUAGAGUAGAACUUAAAACACCUAAUGCCAAACAGCCAAGUGGGUUUGCGCUCUAUGUAAAAGAAAAUUAUGGAGCUGUUAAAAAAGAACGUGAUCUUAAUCACAAAGAAGUUAUGAAGAUACUUGGCCAGCAAUUCUCAGCCGUUAAAAUAUCGAAACAAAAUGACGUCAAGGAUAAUUAGCUUUUAAUAAUUAUUUUAUUUUAUUUUUUUUUUAUAUAUAUAUGCUGUGAAAUAAGUAGAGACCAACGGAUUAAAUUGUACAUUGGCUGAUUUAUUAUUAAUAAUUAUAUUUAUUUAUUAUUUUUUUUGUAUUUGUAAAUUUCAAAUUUUAUUGAUAAAUUGUAUUAUAUAUUUUCGUAUAUUAAUUUAAAUUACUAUUGCAGGCUACAAAGUUUCGAGUAAACACCCAAGAAAUUAAUUUCCGUCAAGUAAGAAUUUAUUAAUUUAUAUAAUAAUGCAAUAAAAACUGUUGAUAUAUUUUUUUUUAUUUUUUAUAAGUAAACUGGAAAUAAGUAUGAGUGUUAAUGUAACUGACAAGUGGCAAUUUUUGAAUUUUUAAAUAAAUUAAUAAAAUGUGACUAGAAUAAAAAUUAAAAAAUCAUCUAUAGAUAAUUGACAAAUCAGUAAGUGAAUUUUUUUCAACUCAAUUAUUUUAAUAAAUUAAUUAAUUUAUUUUAAAUUUAUAAAUUGUUUUAUGUCUGCUACAUUCAUACUCAUAAUAUAAGUUCAU